AUGAAGUUACUAUACUUGGAAAAUCCUCGAAUACUAGCUUUAUAUUCAGAUACUUAUACUUUAACUUUUAAAUACAACAAAAAAUUAUCGAAGGAAACUAAUAAACCGAUUAUUAACCUAGAUUUAUGUUCCAAUACAAAUAUUAAAGAUCAAGGGUACAAAUUAUUAAUUAAAAGAGAAAUAUUCGGUUGUUUAGGUUUAAUUUAUAUUGAAAAUCAAAUAUUUCUUGCAGUUAUAACGGGAGCUUUUACAAAUGUCGCUAAUCCUAUUAAUAAUGAAAUUGUGAAUAAAAUUUAUUCAGUCGAUUUUAUAUCUUUAAAUAAUAAUGAUUGGGAUUUUGUUGAUAUUGAUAGUUCAGGUUAUCCGAUUUUAACUCAAGAAGAAGCGGGAGAAGCGGGAGAAGAGGCGAGAGUACAACAUCCAUGUUUUGAGAUUCGAAAAUUGUUAUCAAAUGGUUCUUUUUAUUAUUCAAAUGAUUUUGAUUUAACUUCUUUAUUACAAAAUAGAGGUUUUGAAGAUUCAAUAAACCAUUAUCAGCCUCAAUAUAUGUGGAAUUCUUUUUUAAUGGAUGAAUUAAUUCAAUUUAAAUCAAAUUUAGAUAAUCAUAAUCAAUUAAUUAUGGACGAUAAUAAAUUUUUAACUACUGUAAUUCGAGGUUUUGCAAAAACUGUAUCAUUAGGGAAAUCUACUAGUAUUACUAUAAUAUCAAAACAAUCUUGGAAACGUGCAGGUACCAGAUAUAUUACUAGAGGUAUUGAUGAUAAUGGAAAUGUUGCAAAUUUUGUUGAAACUGAAUUCAUAUAUACCAACAAAUCUUUUAUUUAUUCAUAUACUCAAAUUCGAGGUUCUGUUCCUACUUUUUGGGAACAAGAUUCUAGUUUAAUUAAUCCUAAAAUUACAUUAACUAGAUCAUUAGAAGCAACUCAGCCUGUUUUCAAUAAGCAUUUUUCAAACGUAUGUCAAGAUUAUGGAGUAUGUCAUAUAAUUGAUUUAUUAUCAAAAACCAAAACUUCAGAAUCUCAAAUUUCAAAUAGAUAUAGAAAACUAUAUGAGAAUUGUAAUCGUAAAGAAGAAAUUGACUAUACAGAUUUUGAUUUUCAUUAUGAAACUAAAAUUGCUGGUGGAUUUGCUGGUGCAACUAAAAUUUUACCACAAUUAAAAGAUUCAUUACAACAAUUUGGAUAUUUUUCAUAUGAUUUAAGAACUGAUGAAACUAUAACAAGACAAGAUGGAAUUUUUAGAGUCAACUGUUUAGAUUGUCUUGAUCGCACAAAUUUAAUUGAACAAAUUAUAUGUAGAAGAAUUUUUGAAAAUAUUUUAAUAAAUCAAGGAAUUAUGAAUGAAAGUUUUAUACUUAAACAUAAUGCAUUAUGGGCUGAUAAUGGCGAUGCAAUUUCUCAAAUAUAUACAGGUACUAAUGCAUUAAAAUCGUCAUUUUCAAGAUCUGGUAAAAUGAAUAUUGCAGGUGCAUUAUCUGAUGUUACUAAAUCUGUUUCGAGAUUGUACCAAAACACAUUUGUAGAUGGAAGAAAACAGACAACAAUUGAUUUAUUAUUAGGCUAUGGUAAAAAUUCAAAAAAAGUUAAAAUUUUCAACCCUGCAAGUGAAUAUGUAAUAUCCAAUUUGAAAAAGAGUUCAAAUUUAUUUACAACUUAUGAAGAUAUAGUUUUAUUCACUGGUACUUUUAAUGUAAAUGCAUUAGAACCUUCAAAUAUUGAUUUAACUUCAUGGUUAUUCCCACCAGAAAAUGAAACAAUGCCAGAUGUUUAUGCUAUUGGAUUUCAAGAAUUAAUUGAAUUAAAUGCCGGUUCAAUAUUAAGUAAUGAUCCAACAAUACCAAAUAAAUGGGCCUCAAUUAUAAAUCAACAAUUAAAUUCUCAAAACGAACAAUAUGUAUUAUUAAGAACAGAAUCGAUUUCAUCAAUGUCAUUAUUUUUAUUUGCUAAAAGUUCAAAAAUUCAAUCAAUUACUCAAGUUUCCGGUAGUUCAAAAAAGACUGGGUUGGGAGGUAUGACUGCAAAUAAAGGUGCAUGUGCAGUCAGAUUUGAAUUUGGUUCAACAUCAUUUGCAUUAUUUACAUCUCAUUUAGCUGCUGGUACACAAGCAUUAAUGGAAAGAUUUAAUGAUUAUACUACAAUAAUGCAAGGUUUAAUAUUUACAAGAAAUUAUUCAAUUGAAGAUCAUGACCAUAUAUUAUGGUUUGGAGAUUUAAAUUAUAGAAUCAAUUUACCUAAUUUAAAUUGUAGGAAUCUAAUUGAAAAUGGAGCAUUUGAUGAAUUAAUUUUAAAUGAUCAAUUAACAAAUGAAAGAAAGAAUAAUGGUGCAUUUUCAAAAUUCAAUGAAGGUGAUAUUAAAUUUUAUCCAACUUAUAAAUUUGAUAAGGGAACUUCAAAUUAUGAUACUUCAGAAAAGCAAAGAGUUCCUUCAUGGACUGAUCGAAUUCUAUUCAUGAGUCAAAAAAGUAAACGAUCAGAUUUAGAACAAUUAAAUUACAAUUCAAUUAUGGAUAUUUGUUUAAGUGAUCAUAAACCUGUUUAUUCUACUUUUAAAUGUAAAGUUGAAUUCAUAAAUAAGGAAAAAAAAUCAAAUAUGGCAAAAGAUUUAUAUAAUAAAUUUAGACAAGAAAAUAAUUUUGAUUUAAUUUCAAUCCAAUCUGAAGAUUCAAUAUCAAAUAAUUCACCAAAGACAAAUAAUGAUGAUUUUACAAAGGACACAUUACAAGAUUUAAAUUUAUUGGAUUAUCAUGAUGAAUUUGUACCAAAAUUACCAAAUAGACCAGUUUCUUCAGAUAUACCUAAAAGAAUACCACCACCACCAAUAAGUAGAAGAGUAAACUCAAGUACUGAAAUAUUUCCAAGAAAAUUACCACCAAUUGAACAAAAUGGAAUAACUGUAAGAAAAGUUAACUCAAUUGAGAAUCCAGCACCUACUAAAAUAUCAAUAUCUUCAUCUCCUUUAAUCCCAACUAGAUCAAAUUCAAAUUCUUCAUCAAUUAAUAAUCUGAAUUCAUCAACUCCAGUACAACAAGCAAAAGAAUUUAAUUUUAAACCAAUGGUACCUACUAAACCAAUAUCAUUAACUUCAAAUAAAUUAAAAAUCGAAGAAAAAGAAGAAAACAAAGUUGAACAGAAACAGCAGCAAGCACCACCACCACCACCUCCGCCUAGAGUUACUAAAUCUAUGGCUGAUUGGAAACCAUUAGUACCUAAAUAG